UCUCAUUUCUGAACACCAGGAGGGCAGUGUGUGUCUUUGGCACCCCUGGAGAAUGCCCUAAGACAUGGGCUCCCGCAGCAGUAGCAGCGCUGGCUCUGGGGGCCGGGAUAACCAAGGCGCCUGGUCUCGGAGGGACUCGGGGAUCCUGCGCAGCGAGGACGAGGACGACGAAGAUGUGGAUCUGGCCCAGGUACUGGCAUACCUACUGCGCAGAGGACAGUUUCACCUGAUGCAGGGAGGGGGAACAGCCGGUGCUCAGGUGUUCCAGGCGCUUUCUGAUUCAGAAGAUGACACUGACAGUGCUUGGGAAGGACGAUUAGGAGAUCAGUACAAACCCCCAGUGGAUUUGACACCAGAUACUCGUGAUCUGGAGUGCAACGAGAUCAAAACACGCAUCCAGCUAGCAACAGGCAGGCUUGGCCCAGUGCGAGGUGACCGUAGCAUCCCAAGGCUUCUUUGCCAGAGAGAGCGAGGCCUUUGUCAUAACAGCAGUUUCUCUGCUGGGGAGUGUUCGCGGAUGGUGUCACACUUCCUUCCCAAUCACUUGACCUUCACAGACUCCUAUUCCCAGAAAGCCUUCUGUGGAAUCUAUUCCCGUGAUGGACAGCUCUUUGUAACUGCUUGUCAAGACCAGCGGAUCCGCUUAUAUGACUGUGCCUAUGGAGCCUUCCGGAACUUCCGGAGUAUCAAAGCCCGAGAUGUAGGCUGGAGCGUGCUGGACGUAGCCUUUACUCCAGACGGGACCCAUUUCCUCUACUCCAGUUGGUCAGACUAUAUUCACAUCUGCAACAUCUUCGGUGAGAGCGAGACCCAGACGGCACUGGAUUUGAGGCCCGACGAACGCCGCUUUGCUGUUUUUUCCCUCGCGGUCUCCUCAGAUGGAAGGGAAGUGCUUGGCGGGGCUAACUACGGCUGUGUCUAUGUGUUUGACAUGGAGCAGAAUAAGCGAACGCUCAAGAUUGAGGCCCAUGAAGAUGACGUGAAUGCCGUUGCGUUUGCUGACAAUAGUUGCCACAUUCUGUUCUCGGGGGGUGACGAUGCCAUCUGCAAAGUGUGGGACCGGCGCACCAUGAGAGAGGAUGAGCCCCGGCCUGUGGGGAUCUUGGCAGGUCACCAGGAUGGCAUCACCUUCAUCGACAGCAAAGGGGACGCUCGGUACCUCAUCUCUAACUCCAAGGACCAGACAAUUAAGCUGUGGGACAUGCGCAAAUUCUCAGGGCAGGAGGGCCUGGAGGCAUCCCGGCACGCAGUCACUCAGCAGAACUGGGAUUAUCGCUGGCAACAGGUGCCUAAGAAAGCCCAGCGCAAAUCAAAGCUCCCAGGCGACACUUCCCUCAUGACCUACCGGGGCCACGGAGUGCUGCACACGCUGAUCCGCUGUCGUUUCUCCCCUCCGCAUAGCACGGGGCAGCAGUACAUUUACAGCGGGUGCUCCACAGGGCAGGUGGUAGUGUAUGAUCUCCUGAGCGGCCUCAUUGUGAAGAAACUGAUCAAUCACCAAGCGUGCGUCCGGGAUGUGAGUUGGCAUCCCUACGAGGAGAAGAUUGUCAGUAGCUCGUGGGACGGAAACGUGUGUCUCUGGGAAUAUCACCAAACAGAAUAUGAUGAAGAUGAUCUUGGAGCCCCCGAGCAGCUUCUAACGACGAGAGAAAAGUACCACAAGGUGGCAGGAGAUCCCCACCAGUAGCCUUUCCUUGCUGCUUGCCACUCUUCUCCAGUCUUGGACUUGCUAAGGAGUGAGGGGGGGGGGGGAAAUACGCCUUGUGUUGCCAAUGGCUUGAGCGUGUUUGAGAGGGUGGGAAGGCGACAGCUUCGUGUUAAUGCAUCCCCCACCCCCCAGGUUAUAGCAAUUCCAUCUCUGAAACCCGGGGCACGAUUGGCUUGAGGGCAUGGGCAUCAUUCCGUGCCCAGCUCGUAAGGAUCCUUAGUCCGAUGACAAGAAACAAAAAAAAAAGUUUGCAGGCAAAAGAAAUAACAAGAAUAACACAGCUGGAUUUCUUUGUCUGUGCUUGGCUGACUCUGGAGCCCUCCAGCUGAGCUGGCCGUCGGUCCCGCAGAGCCUGGUCUGACGGCCGAGCGGGCCUGCCGCCAUGGGGUGAGGGGCAUCGAAGCCCACAACAUCUGGAGGGCUAAGGCCGGGCACACUGGCAUCAGUCAGCCCUCGGAAUGAAACCUGUUGGGGGGUCUAAAAUCAUGAAGUGAGACUGCCCCAACAGCAGUCAGUCCUAGCUGGCUCUGGGCGGGGGCUCCCCCUGCCUCCCUGUAGAAUGGCCUCAGCAGCGUAUAUGAUUGCUGGCCACCUUUGGGAAGGAGAUGGAGAGCAACUAGAUCCUUUCAUGCCUCUUCUGGGCACCUUGUAAGACUUUUCCUCGUUCUGGCUCUUAGCAGGGAAUGGAAAAAUAUCUUUUCUCUGGGUCUGAGCAGCUGAGAGGUGACUUGUGUAGCACGCAGCUGCGUGCGGUCUUCAAAUCCUGGCAGAUCCCUUGCCUUCGGAAGAUCCUCUAGGUUGGUGUUUCUCAACCUUGGCUGCUUGAAGAUGUGUGGACUUCAACUCCCGGAAUUCCCCAGCCAGCAUGGCUGGCUGGGGAAUUCUGAGAGUUGAAGUCCACACAUCUUCAAGUUGCCAAGACUGAAAAAACACUGUUCUAGGAUGACUGAAACGGCUCCCCCUUUGUUUGAAGAGGGCUGGCACGUGCUUGCUGACCCCCAGGAUUCUCUGGACCUUGCAGGAUAUUCCUAGGGUGACAGGAAAAUGUCAUCUGCUUUUAUAAAUUGUGGCAGAGGGAGAGUUGAGCUAAAGAUGGGGGGCAGUACGUUUCGUUCUUCCUUUGCAGCUGCCAGCCUCUUCCUCUUCACUCAGAUGCUCAUUCCUGUAUCCUUGCUUCACGUCUGCCCCCAAAUCUCCCUCUUCCCUGUUGCCCUCAGUCAUCCCAAGAGCUGGAGACCUCCUUUCUGUCCCUUCCUUCUCCAGGGGCAGGCCUCUUUGGAAGCGGGCAGGGGGUUGCUGUCAUCUUCAGCCUUUUCCUCUCUAGGGAAGAUGGCUGCAUGGGGUCCCAGCUUGGGGGUUCCUGGUGUGGCUACUCCAUAUCAUUUGCUCCAUUUCUGAAAUGGUCACAGGUAUGGUCUUAUCUCCUCUGUAAAUAUAACAGGCAGGCUUCUGCAGGGUGCCUUUCCGGCACCUGAAGAGUUUUGCUUUUUUUUUUUUUUAAUGGGUUGAACGGGUAACUAAGGAGUGCUGCGUGUUGCCUUUAAGUGUGAGUAAGCAGGAGAAAUCCUGGUUUGUUUCCUCUAGUUGGAGAGAAGGAGCCCUCCGUCCUUCCCUGUGUCCAGCCUUCUGGGCAAGAGAGGGCCAUCCUGGGGCUCAUUUCCAAGUCUUGGUUUUGUAGGAGGAAGGGUCUGCACAUCUCUGUUCAGGGGUUAUGCAAACAGCUGUCUGUGUCAAUAAAAGUGGUUGAAAUUUGA